AUGAGCUCCACCAAGAAGCAGCCCUGGAAGAAAGGCCAACUCCUUGGUGCUCGUUGUAGAGAUAAGGAGUCAAGACUCUGCAGGAAAGAGGGUCAGCCGUCCCGCCAGCAUUGGCCUGGAGCCGACUGCAGCUUCCUGGUACGAAAUGUUUGUGCACUCUUGGCACCUGAUAUCUACAAGACCAGCAUCAGCCGGCUGCGCCCGCCUUUCCCGGGGAGGGUCUCCGCGGCCGCGUCACCCGAGCUCCGCGGCGUCGCCACAGGCGGCGGAGGCCGAUCUGGGUUUGUGCAGAACUUGGGCACCUGGAAGAAGCGCCAGCCCCCCCAUCCCCACCUCCACCCCGCCGAGGCCUUUCCCGAGAGACUGGGAGACGCCGUCGGACGGCGAGAGCGCCUGGAUCGCUGGUUACGAAACGCUGUGGGCACCUCGGUUGUGGCUGAAAAACGAAAAGGGGUCUUGGACCCCCCAGGGGCCCGCAUCCACCCUCUUCGCUUGCUCAUCGCGGCUCCGCGUGCGGGGGUGCGGGGCGGCUGA